UUAGAUUCCAGUCGAGUUUACAAGGAGAGAAAUAUCUGUUCCGCUCGGUGAGGACAGACUUUACUGAAGCUGGACCGCUGCCUUCAGCUCAGGAGACGUUCAGACACACAGUUUGUGUUUGAAUGAACAGAUUUCACAACUGAAACAUCAGCCGAAGACAUUUUGGAUCCGUGUGUUAGCUAACAGCUAAAGUAACGCCCGCUGCUUUGACUGUGGAUCAUCAGCUGGGACAGGAAUGGCUCGGCCGAGGAAGAAAACCACUCCCGGCUGCUUAGCAUGAGGCUCUGCGGGGGGAAACGGCCGGAAGACAACCGUGCAAACUACAAUAAUAAUAAUAAGAAGAAGCAGAAGCAGAGGAGGACAGCAGUCUGUGAGAGAGCUGCCCGGUGACAUUUAUUUCUCCAGCAGAAGAAGAAGAAGAGGAACAGGAUGGGAGGAAGAGUGGAGCUGCUGGAGGUCUGCUGCCUGCUGCUACUGCUGAGCGGAAACUCACACUGCAGAGACUCUCAGCAGACAGAACACCUCUCCUCCUAUCAGCUGACUGUGCCUCGACCAAUAGGAGGCAGGCUGAGGCGGGACGUGGACGGAAGACCCCCCAAUCAGGUCUCUUACAUCAUCACUGUGGAUGGAAGUGAUCAUGUUGUUCAUCUGAAGAGAAAUGAACUGCUGCUUCCUGCAGACUUUACUGUGUUCUCCUACAGUCACAAUGGAUCACUCAUCACAUCCAGACCACCUGUACAGAAUCACUGUCACUAUCAGGGCUCCGUCCAGGACAUGAAGGGCUCCUCUGUGGCUAUGAGCAUCUGCAACGGCCUCAGAGGAGUGCUGCAUCUCGCUGACGACAGUUACGGCAUCGAGCCGUUAGACCACGCCCCCGACCAGCACCUGGUCUACCGCCUGCAGGAUGUGACAUCACAGCCCCGGGGGUGUGGAACACCACACAAUGAUGAGCAAGACCACGGCAACGCCACAGAGCACGCUCAGUACGAACAAGAGGAGAUCCACCACAGACAGCACAGCAGGAUGAAGCGAGCUGUUCUCCAUCACACUCACUAUGUGGAGCUGCUGCUGGUGGUGGACAACGACAGGUAUAAUUAUAUGAACAGGAACCAGACGGCAGUGAGGGACGAGAUGGUUCAUCUGGCCAACUUCAUCGACAGCAUCUACAUUCAGCUGAACGUUCGGGUGGUCCUGGUUGGUCUGGAGAUCUGGACUCAGCAGAACCUGAUCAACACUGACGGAGGAGCUGGAGAAGUGCUGAGUCGCUUCACCCAGUGGAGAGAGAAAGAGCUGGUUAACCGGCGCCGGCAUGACUCAGCACAACUCAUCCUGAAGAAGAGUUUUGGAGGAACAGCAGGGAUGGCCUUCGUCUCCACUGUCUGCUCCAGAAGCCACGGGGGCGGGAUCAACGCGUUCACCAAUAACAACAUUCCCUCGUUCGCCUCCAUCGUGGCUCAUGAACUCGGUCACAACCUCGGGAUGAACCACGAUGACGGACGCUCCUGCACCUGUCCCGCCCCCGCCUGCAUCAUGAACUCUGGAGCCACAGGAUCCAGAAACUUCAGCAGCUGUAGUGCAGAUGACUUUGAGAAGAUGAUCUUGUUAACAGGGGGAACGUGUCUCCUGAACGUCCCCCGGCCUGACGAAGCCUACAGCGCCCCCUACUGUGGGAACAGACUGGUGGACAUGGGGGAGGAGUGUGACUGUGGAUCAGAGAAGGAGUGUGAGGAGGACCCCUGCUGUGAGUAUCAGACCUGUAAGCUGAAGUCUGGAGCUCAGUGUGCUUAUGGAGAGUGCUGCUCCAAAUGUCAGUACCUGCCAGGUGGAACGGUGUGUCGAUCCAGUACAGAUGAGUGUGAUCUACCAGAGUACUGCAACGGCUCCUCAUCCCUCUGUCAGAGUGAUGUCUUUGUCCAGAACGGGCAGCCCUGCAGGAACCAGCAGGCCUACUGUUACAACGGGAAGUGUCAGCACUUUGACGGACAGUGUCAGGCCAUAUUCGGAUCCAAGGCGAAGGCAGCUCCUGAAAUCUGCUUCAAAGACGUCAACAGUAAAGGAGAUCGCUUUGGUAACUGUGGCUACCACAACUACGGCUACAAGAAGUGUGAGAGCAGAAACGCUCUGUGCGGGAAGCUGCAGUGCUCCAACGUUCAGGCGGUGACGGUGUUCGGCAUCGAACCGUCCAUCAUCAGCACGCCGAUCGCCGGCGGCAAAUGUUACGGAGUCGACUUCAGGUUGGGAUCGGACGUCCCCGAUCCAGGCAUGGUGAACGAAGGGACCAAGUGUGGAGACAACAAGGUCUGCAUGAACUUCGAGUGCCGCAGCGCCGACAUCCUGAGCUACGACUGUGACGUGGAGAAGAAAUGUCACGGGCACGGGGUGUGUAACAGUAACAGGAACUGUCACUGUGACGACGGCUGGGCUGCACCUUUCUGUGAGGUCAAAGGCUACGGCGGCAGCGUGGACAGCGGACCCACCUGGAACGAUAAAGACACGUCUCUCAGGGACGGGUUGUUGGUCUUCUUCUUCCUCGUUCUUCCUCUGCUCGCGUUGGGUGCGUUUGUUUUCCUGCGCAGGAACGAGCUGCUGCGACGACUCGGGCUGAGCCGCAGGAAGAGGUCGCAGGGAUACCAGGCUGAUGGAGCAGCUUCAGCCAAUCCCAGCAGAGGACCGCCUCCCAGAGCCCAGCCUCCAUCUGUUGCCCGGGGCAACGCCAACAACAUCGUCAGAGACGGGCACCACGCUCAGCUACUGCCCCCACAGGAGGUGGUGGAGACCAGCAGGACAGCCCCCCCCUACGCCCUGAGGCCUCCUCCUCCUCCGCUAAAACCGAAACCGUCUGCUGCAUCACAGCCUCUGGUGCCUCAAAGACCUGCCCCCGCUCCACCUGUUUAACCAAUCACAGAGCCCCGCCUGCCACACGGCUGACCCCUCCUCCUCUUCUUCUCCUCCUCCUCUUCAAAACUCAGUCCUCACCCACUUAGAGCUCGUUACCUAGCAACAGCCAGGAAACAAUUGCAGAGCCGAGGUGGCAGACAGCCGGCCCUGAGUCUGCCAGGGCCGGAUCAGGAACUGGACUGCUCCAUCAGGAAACUGGACUGGGAAUUAACCAGAACAAACAGGAACACACCAGUACUGAAGUGAAGCAGCGGCUGCUCUCUUUCUUUCCCUCUAAAGUGCAGUCCGGAGACAAAACUCAGCUCCACCAGGUGAGACAUUUUCUGCUCCGUCACCAAACCAGCCAAUCUCUUUUCACCUCUUUACUGAAGAAGUCACUUACAACAUGUGGCAUUAAGACAAAAGCAGAAAACAUUUAACACAGCACCUUUAAUAAUGAGGAUAACAUAACAGGCAUGACUCUUAACAGGACGACACAUUCAACAUGACAGCAGGAGAAUAGUAAUGAUGCAAUACAAAAUCAAUAAAAAGACAAUAAUGUAAAAUCAUAAUAAUAAAUCAUCAGAAAAGGUAAAAAAUAGAAACAGAUUUCUUAAAAAAUCUUCUGUCACACUGACUGUAUGGACACAUUUCUUAUUGGUUAAAAAUUGGAUCUCAAAGUGCUUCCUACAUUCAGUCCUCAGGGGUUCAAACAAAGAACGAAACCUUAACGGAUGUGAAAUUUCCUCAGUAAAAAUAAUGUAGUAAUAAUGUUACAGCUUAAUUCAAUGGUUGGUUGAUUAGUUGAUUAGUCCUUUUUGUCCCAGAAUCCUGUACUGACGUUCAUUAAUUAGACAUUUCUUUGUUUCUCCAUUUUUACACAAUUCACGUUUGUUAUUUAUACCCACAAAUCCUGAGAAUAUGUUGGCGGGAUAGAUAUUGUGCACAUUUUCUUAAUGUACUUAUGUCUGUUGGAGAGGACAUAUUUACAUGAGAGAAGCCAAGUUGUUUCCCAAUGAACAUUAAAAAAACAUGGGAGCCAAACCAGCCAAUCAAAUCUCGAGUUACCUGUGACAUCAACAAGCCAAAUGCAAGAUAAACCAAAAAUGUAUUUAGCAAUAUAUCCUGUAUUAAUCCUGCUGUUUUAACUUCCUGCCCUGAGCUCUGUUUGUAACAGCUUCAUUUCGCAUGCUGUCUGGCUAACUUCCCCUUGCUAGCUAACAGGGCUUAGGGUUACAAGGUCUUAGCUAACUAUUUAGCUGCACUGUUUCCCAAAUUUCAUAGCAUUAUAAAAUUUCCAGUUUGCUAACUAAUCUUUGACAGCUCAGCUAAGCAAGCUCACAAGCUCAAGAGCUAAUGCUAGUUGACCUUAUAACCAGUUAACCUUUUCACUGCUGAGUCACUACCCAAUCAAAUAUUUGUUCAUCAUCUUCAUCGUCAUUACUACGAAAAGAAGUGGUUAUGAUUCAUUCGCUAAUGGUUGUUACUAAUGUUGGUGUUGGUUAAUUAGAACUGGCUAGCUAACUGCUAACUAACUUUUGCAAAAUAACAAUGCUUGCAAAGCUGACAUGUUUAUGAGCUAAUGCUAUCAGACAUUUUGUGCUUAAUGUCAAAAGCUGUUUUAUUCAACUUUUAAAUAUGACUGACAACUAACUGACAAGUUAGUUAGCCACAGUGUGUUCCAGAUUGCAGCCUGCAUGCUAACACUUCACUGCUACACAGUAUUUGCUACAUAGUUAGCGUGCUAACUUGCCAACAAACAUUUGCUUGCCAAGAGUAAAUGUAAAAGGCCAAGAGUUAAGUUUGGUCAUCUACAUUACGCCCCAGAUUUCAUACUAAAUGCUAGCACUACAAGAAUUCACCAUACAUUACUUUCACUAUCACCAUUUCGGCAGUUAAUAAGAAAUUAAUGUAAUUUUCACGACAUACUUGUCAAGUGAUUGUUCACUAAGCGCCACACCUCUGAUUUGCUAUCGACACCAUAUUACUACGUCAAGCUUUACGCUUUAGUUUAUGGCACAUUUACCAUGAAAAUUCAAUUUUUUUUUUUUAAAUGAAUCCAUGAAUUCAGGUAAGAAGCAGAUAAAACCAGCUUCUCUUUUUUAGCCAUUGGUUUUGCUGAAGCAACACCUGUCGAGCAGCUAGCUAGUUAGCAUUAACUCUGAAAUCACUCCAUAAUGACUACACAGUGCACCAGGGUGCUGUCCUCAAUAAUUUUACACUGGAACAAAAAGUAGAGUCCAUGACUGUCUGCUAACAGUCCCACAAUGCAGUGCUGCGGCUCUACUCUGUGAUGAUGCAAAAUGAUGAUAGUAAGUAAAUGUCCACAUUUUUUUACUGCUCAAUAUUUGGUAGACUAUUGAGUGUCGGUUAGCAAAUAUAUGUACAACCUCCAUUCCAACAAAGUCUGGACUCUGUGAAGCGUCAAUAAACCAGAAUCAACAAUCAAACAGUUUCCUGAAGUGUACCUGAGUCCAGGUGUUAAUCUCUUUAUCCAAUCAGGUGCUGACAAAGUGUUGACCCUCGCUCCAUCCUCGCUGUGAACCACUGAGCCUUUCAAUCAUGAUACU